CACACAGGCACUUAGAGGUGCAGACAGGAAAGGUAAGGAUAUCAAUACUGCCGUUGGUAUCGAUAUUAUCGAUAUUAGGAUUGAUCCUCCCACCCCUAUCAACCAUAUGAACGGACUGAUCACAGCAUCAGGUCUUUCAUCUGUCUAGUGAACAGUAAACAACAUAAGGUUAGUUUCCUGUGGAUCAUGAAUGUUUCACAAAUUUGUUCUAGAAAGGUCUGUGAAUCCCAAAAAAGGGGACACAAAAUUAAUGACUUUCAGGAGGGUCUUCAUGAAUGUCUAGGUUGUUUCCACAGCGCAAGAUCCGAACAUGAGGCAUAAAAACACAAGGCAUUGUGAUUUAUUGUGACAUAGGGGUGGGCGAUACUGCAAAGUUUAGAGUCUAUCUGAUACCAAGUAAAUACUGGACCAGUAUUGCCGAUAUUGAUACCAAUACUGAUACUUUUUGACAAUUAUUGCACUAUCAAAUAUAAAUACAUACUACAAACACAGAGAGGGGAGAAAGAAAGAAAUGAUCAGGCAACCAAUUAAUGAACACAAAGUAAUAAACAUGAACUAAGAUACACUAUUUAAACAAUGAGGCUAAACAUGUAACAUAGACAAGAACAAGCACGGUACGAACUAAAGGCGAAAGCAACACAAUAGACACAGUGGCACAAACCAGCAAACAGACGAACUGAGUAGGCACCAACAUAGUAACACAAACUGACAAAGACUGCUCAAACUAGGAUCUUAAAUACUAAAUGGGUGAAACUACAAUCACUCAAGGACUAAACAAGAAGUGAUGUUGAUGACCACAAGAACAACAAGUACCAACAAAGAUGCCAGUGAACUAGUCAUGGGAAGUUUGGCUCUUUUCAGAGAGCUCUUUCGGCUCAGCUCCCAAAGAAGAGCCGGCUCACAUUUUAUUGAACAAAACUGCAAAUAAAUCCACAGAACAGAACUAGAACCAAACUCAAGUAAAAUAGUUUUAUAACAACCUUAUAAUUGCCUAAUUUUGUGCAUUCAUUCUGUUAAAAAAAACAGUUCUACCUUUUGUUUACUAUUUUAAGCAAACACUUUUUUGCACAAAUUAACAAAAACGAACUGCAUGAACACAUCCACAGAACAGAACCAAACUGAAGCAAAUAGUAUUAUGGUCCUCAGUAAAGGCUGGCAUUCAAAAAAGUCAGAUGCCUCAGCUUAGAUGAAUUGAUCUGAUUUCCUUUCUUGGUGAGUAUCUGCCCUGUUUUUGCCAUUGCUGACCAAUCAAAACAAAGUUCUACCUUGAGCAGAGCUCAGGGUGAACACUGAGGUAAGCAGCGAAAAAGGAAAAACUGGGAGCCGGCUUUCACUCGAUGUGAGCCAGCUCUUCUGAUUGAUUAAGAAGCAUCGUCUCUCGGAGCCAAUUCUUUUGCGCAUGUCACAUCACUACAGGGAACAAAACUGAACAACAGGAGCACCCCCGGUGGCGUGACUGGUUGCCACAGUUCGCGGCCAGAGUCCAGGAACAGCCUCUGUGUGUUUGUGAAAGAGGCUAAGGAUUAGGAAGUAGAACAGUCUAAUAGUCCUGUCAUAGGGUCAAUGAAGGCAAUGCUAGUAUGUCGUAGUUACCAUGUGCAUCGGUCACGAUAGGCAAACAUUAACCUUUUCGUACUAUAGACAAUGUAAAUUAGGAUGACGAUGUCAGAAUGAGGGAGGGAGGUCAGAGAGAGAGACCGGGAGUAGAGGUGAGACGACUCAGAGAGACACUGAUAAAUGAGUUACAGGAGCAGAGCUCUGCUCAGGAAGCUGUGAGUCCUCAGCAGCUUCUCUUCUCUGAUGAUGGAGACACUGAAGGAGCCUGAACUCUGCUUUCCACAUCUCCUCAACACCUCCUGCAAGAAAUACGCUCGUCCUCACACAGAGGCAAUGCUCAUUUAUGUUCUAGUUUCCUGCAUGUCUCUGCUCACUGCGAUUCUCAACCUGCUGGUCAUCGUCUCCAUCUCCCACUUCAGGCAGAGACUAAUGUUUUGAUUUUAACAUGCUUUCAUGAUUUGCACUGGAAAACUUGACUAUUGACCAUUUUCAUUAACAGCUUUGCAAAAUACAUUUAUUACAGACAUGUACUGAUAUUUGCAAAAUUUAAUUAGUAAUAAAUUGAUGCAUAUAAUAUUCACAGUGAUGCUGUUCUCUCCCUCCAGGCAGCUCCACACUCCCACCAACCUCCUCCUCCUCUCUCUGGCUGUCUCCGAUUUCCUUGUCGGUCUUCUUGUGAUGCCAUUUCAGAUUCUAUUGAUAGAACCCUGCUGGUUUCUAGGUGUCUUGGUGUGCACUGUGUGUUUUUUUGUACCAUAUAUCACUAUUUAUUCCUCAGUAACAAACAUGGUGUUGAUCUCAGUCGACCGAUAUCUGGCCAUAUGUGACCCUCUGCGUUACUCCACCAAAGUUUCUAAGAAAACAGUUAAGUUCAGUAUCCUCCUGUGUUGGGUUUAUUGUGUUACAUACAGUUUCAUUGUUUUAAAUGAUAACCUAAAGCAACCAGGCAGGUUCAACUCUUGCUAUGGAGAAUGUGUGAUUAGUGUCAUUGGAGCUGUUGACUUAAUUCUAGGCUUCAUCGUCCCCAUCUCAGCCAUCAUCAUCCUGUAUGUGAGGGUGUUUGUGGUGGCUGUGUCUCAGGCUCGUUCCAUGCGCUCCCACGUUGCAGCUGUUAAACUGCAGCGUUCACUGAUUAUUCACAGGUCACAGCUCAAAGCAGCCAGGACUUUGGGUGUCAUUGUUGUUGUGUUUCUCAUGUGUUACAGUCCUCCUUACUGUGUCUCUCUCUCUGGAUACAAGCUCAAAAUUGGUACUUCAACUAAUGACUUUUUAGUUUUUCUACUCAUGUCAAACUCUUGUCUGAACCCUUUGAUUUAUACUUUUCUCUACCCCUGGUUUAGAAAAUCUGUUAAACUCAUUCUUACUUUACAGAUACUGCAGCCUAGGUCCAGUGAGGCCUGUGUAAAGUAGACUCAAUUUGAUUUUUUAUAUGUACUAAUUGUUAUUAAAAAUGUUUUGAAGUUUAAACUAAAGUUGAAACUUCUAUUUAAAAUGCUCAGUAAUGUUAACUGUGAUCUCUAAACACAGGCUGUGUUAAAUUAUCCUGAGAAACUCAGUUUUCUGUGAUUGUAAAGUGGUUGUAUGUGCUGAAUGAAGACGACUAAAAUGUGAUGUCUCCUCUCUUCUGUAUUUUUUUGGUUGUUAGAUUGUUCUCUAAAGUCUGAUCUGUGCUUUUCUCUCCUCCACUACAAUAAUGCAGUUUCAAACUGUCUGUGGAUUUGACGUUUGUGUUUUACGUCCAACAGCUGUUGUAGAACCUGAGGCGUCACAUGAUGAAUUCAUAUGGUUUAUGUACAGCAAAUGCAUCCGUGUUGCUUUUAUCUAUAACAAAACCACUGUUCACUAUGUUAACCACAGACUAUGUUAACCACAGAACAUACAGUCAGAGACUAGAUGUAAUGCGUGAAACGGACAUACAGACUGACUGAAUGAAUUGAAAACCUACGGCCGACAGAAUUCCAUCCAUCCAUUUUCCAUCCAUACAUCCAUUUUCUAAACCGCUUACUGCCUAAUGCGGGGUCACGGGGGUGCUGGAGCCUAUCCCAGCUGGCUAUGGGCGAGAGGCAGGGUACACCCUGGACGGGUCGCCAGUCCAUCGCAGGGCAACACAGAGACAGACAACCAUUCAGACACACACUCACACCUACGGGCAAUGGAGAGAAGCCAAUCAACCUAAUACACUGUGGACUGUGGGAGGAAGCCGGAGAACCCGUAGAGAACCCACGCAAACACGGGGAGAACGUGCAAACUCCACACAGAAAGGCACCAGGACCGCUGUGAGGCGACAGUGCUACCCACCGCACCACCGUGCCGCCCGACAAAAUUCCGUUAGUGGGAAAUAUCAAAAAUACUAUGCCAGUGGCCAGACUGACUGACAAAUGGAGAACCCAUAAUCACGACCCACAAAACAUUAAUAAAUAAAUUAGUUAAAAAAGGAUAGAAAUACAAACACAAAACCCAGAGAUAGUGACAAGAUGAUGUGAACUGUCUGUAAACAUGGACUCAACAUAUGAACUGACUAAACUGAGCAUUAAUUGUCUUGCGUGUGUACAAUAAAUAUGCUUAUUAUUUACUAAUAGUUUUCUUGCUGAUCGUGAAUUUGUGUAAAACUAUUUAAAACUCUGUCACAUAUUUCCUCUAGAA